CUUUGGAUCGCCACUCAUGGCAAGACAGAUUUUACGACUGCUUCACACGAAAGAAAUCGAAAUGGCUGUGCAAAGAUGUGCGUACUCUUCGUUUAGUACCUGCGUGAUGCCGACCAAUCAUCUCAACACAGAUCUUGCCUCCGUCGCAUAUAUCUAGAGGCCUGCUGCUGUGUCGAUUUCUCGCCUUCUUGCAUUCAUCAGCUACCAACAAUCCUACCAUCUGUUGUGAAUGGCAUAUAUGCGUACACUUUGGGCGUUACUCGUCCUCAAAAUCUCCCUGGCCAUGUCUUCUGCAGCCGAAGGACGACCAAAUCGAUACCAUCUCCCCGCCGAGAGCUCGCAGCACGCUGGCACCAUCAUGACCUGGCCGACGGCGCACUCCAUCUUCACGCCCUCCUGGUCCUAUUCCGCGGCUAAUGUCACCGCCACACGACUUGAGCUGGCCAAUCUCAUUACAUCCAUCGCCCAGUACGAGCCUGUGCAAGUUUUUGUUCGGGACCCGGCAUCAUACUCCAACAAUGUCAACGAUGCCUGCGGAUACGAGUCCGCUCAUCGUUUGCUCAAAGGCCAUCCCAACGUCACUCUUCAUACCAGCACCAAUGUCGACUCGCUGUGGUCCCGAGACAACGGAGCGCUCUUCGCGUACACAGUGAAUGGGCAAAAAGUGAACAACACGUGGUAUAGCCACGACGACCCUGGUGUUGGCUUCGAGCGAACCGACACGUCAAGCUCGGUAGUCGGGCUGGUCCUGAGUUUCGAUCAGUGGGGGAGGAAGUUACCGCCCAGUCCUGAGAGCUAUAUGGCGGCGGACGAGACGCAGAGGAUGGGCUUGUCUUCCGUGCUUGCACCCUUUGUCGGAGAGGGCGGCGCAAUUGAAGUCGAUGGCGAAGGCACGCUCAUCGCCACCGAAUCCUCGCUUCUCAAUCCCAACCGCAACCCAGGCGUCACCAAGGCGCGGAUGGAAGGGUAUUUCUUCGAAAUGUUUGGCGUGGCGAAGACGAUCUGGAUCCCGGGGUUUCGAGGGUACGACAUCACCGACGACCAUAUCGACGGCCUUGUUCGAUUUGGCGGGCUCACCGCGGACGGAAAGCGGACGGUGUUUGUCGACCGGCCGUAUGUUGCCCCCAAUGCUACACGAAAAGAGCGAGAAAACGCGCUGUCCGAUUAUAAUCCCUGCAUGCGGAUCUUGGGCGCGAGUACCGAUGCAAAGGGGCGAGAGUUCAACAUUGUCGUCUUGCAAGAGCCCGACCCAAAAAUAGUCCUCGGCAAGAACUACGACCCUGCCUCUGGCCCGUCGGUGGCGUACGUCAACUUCCACGUGGUCAAUGGCGCGGUUAUGUUAUCCAAGUUCGGAGACGCCCAGGCGGACAACGAAGCUGCCAGGCUGGUGGCAGAGAACAUGCCAGGACGUACGGUUGUGCAAGUCUACACGCAUCAGCUGGCUAUUCAAGGG